AAUCAAAAGCCUCUGACAGCACUAACUAUCAGGCAUCCAGCCACAUCUCUGGACAUCUCAGUUAACAUGUGCCGGUCACUAGAGCAUCUGCCAAUCACCUGCCUGGAAAGGGCAAAGGAGCUUAAAGCUCGGUUUGGAAGUUUUCUACUAAAGCAAGAGCUCAAUGUCAUGGGCCAUUUGCAAAAAACUGACAAACUAACAGCAGAGGACAGACAGAAAUGGUCUUUCCAUGAACUCCUGGCUCACAAAGAGGGGCUUUGCUCUUUCACAACGUUCCUGGCAUCUGAGUACAGUGAAGAAAACAUCGCUUUCUAUUUGGCCUGUGAGGACUACAGGAGCACAAAGAGCUCCUCGAAACUGUGCGCCAAGGCCAGGAAAAUCUAUGAGGAGUUCAUCGCCUCUGACGCACCGAGAGAGGUUAAUCUUGAUCAUGAAACUAGAAACAUCACCUUGAAGAAUAUGGAGCAGCCCACACCGUCCUGCUUCAGCCUUGCCCAGAGUAAAAUUUACACCCUCAUGGAGAAAGACUGCUACCCUCGUUUCCUCAAGUCAACAGUUUACCAGGAACUCAUUACACAGCAUGUGGGUUAAACUACUCUAAAGACAGCGGAGGAUUGCGUCCCUGAUGAUAAUAACGGCAUUUGUGUGACGUGAUGGUCGCUGGAUGAUCUGAAGCGGUUUCCUGGGGUUCAGGAGGACCGGACACAAGCACUCAAAAGCCAGCUGGAAGGCCUCGGGCAUUCGAGAACAUUGUGGAGCGCACAGAGAUCAAGAUUGUAGCACUGGACAAUAACUGUGAAAGUGACUAUGACUUUUGCACAAUUAUGUGUUAUGUGUGUAUUUUGUAUUGCCUAUGAGUAUUUAUUGAAAGGUUAUAUUGAAAAUAGUGUUUAUAUUUGUAUUUAUAUUUAAUGAACGAUUGGGUUAUUUAUUUAACUUUUGAGUGAAAAAUUGAAUAAAUUUUUUACAUGGAAA